GCUGCCGGCGUACACAGCGCGCUUUGUCUCGAGCUUUAGUCGCUUGUGUGUGAUAAAAUCACGUUAGUAAUCAAUUGCAGGCCCAACAGCCCAGACCACAAAGAGAAGCAGUCGCAGUCAGUCGCACCACCGAUCCACGAUCCACUGAUCCACCGAUCCACGCAAUUGUUGCAGUUUCUUUUUUUUAGAAAAAAAAGAAAUAUAUUUUUUUUUGGGCUGUUUACAUUUUGGCCAAAACGCCACACCCACACACACUCCCACGUCCCGCUCACACACACACACGCGCGCACGCGACAGAGACAGCAUGAGCCAGCCAAGCAGACAGCACAUCCUGGCGCUCCUGAUCCUCGGCAGCGCCGCCUGCCUCAUCACCGCCGUACCGCUCCCGCAGCCCGCGAACGGCAACUCCGAGCUGGACGUGCUCCAAAUCCCGCUCGCCAAUGGCAAGGAAAUCGAUGUCUUGACAUUGGGCGCCAAAGACCAAGAAUCAUUGAUAGCCGAUCGCAACAAACGAACGAUUGGACUGCUGCGCGAACUUUUCCCCGACAUCACCAAGGAAAUCGACUCCAUAGUAAAUCGAAUUAUAGCCCAGGUAAUUCGGGUGGCCGGUCCUGGUCUUCUCAAUAGCAUAUUGGCCGGAAAUCGCGGUGGUGCGGGUGGUGCAGCCGGUGGCAGUACAACGCCGGCUAGCGAUUUCGAUGCCGAUUUCGAUGCGGACUUUGACGAGGAUGACGAUGUGGCGCCAUCGAGUAGUCCGGCCACACGGAGUGCAGGCGGUGCACCACCGAGCAGCAGCAACGAGGUGGAGGAAAGCCGGCGGGUGAAGAUUGAUUUGCCCACAUUUGCACCACAGUCGGGAGCAGGAGCUGAUGAAACGAAAGGUGAUGAAAGCCCAAUCAACAAUCAAGCAUCUUCAUCCCCAACAACAACCACCAGUCCCAGUAAUCCAACAACAACAACCACCACUAGUAGCACCACUGGUAGCACCACCAGUAGCACCACUAGUAGCACCAGUAGUACCUCCAGUACUACUAGCACGCCAGUGGAGGAUCUGCUCCAGUUGUUUCCGCGCUCCUUUGAGCCGGCAACAACCGCUGAGCCCCCGACAGCAGUAACAAUAACAACGACAAGAACAACCGUUUUACCUGCAACAACCACCACCACCACCACUACCACUUCUAGCACCACUGAUUUACCCCCACCAACUGAACCCACAACCACCAACAUUCUGUUUCCCACCAACAACAGCAUCGAUGAUCCACAAUUGCUAACCAUCAUAGCCGAUAUCAAUCGUUUAUUAAAUUCUACCAAUUAUUUUAUUACAACCAGAGAUAAUAUAACAACAUCAACAACAGCAACAACAACGGCCAAAACAAUUGACAACAACAACAUUACGAAAUUAUUGCCCGUCCUUGAUUGAGCAUUGAUAAAGACAACAACAAAUACAUAUACGAAAGGCAAACAAGGAUUUGAAAGCAACAACAACCACCACCACAACAAGAACAACAACACAUACGGCUGAAGAUGAAGAUGAAGAUGUAGAUGAAGAUGAAGAACAAGAGAGCACCAGCAAAACAUCAUUUAGAAAAAGCAUUUUUGACUUUGGAGAUAAGUCUCCAAGCCGAAUCGGUUCAAAAGCAGUUUGUAAAGUGGUUUCGGAAUUGGAUUUGGAAAAAUGUAUACUAUAAAAAGGUCGCCUAUCACUAAAUAAUUGUAAAAGUGCAAAUUACUAGAUGGUUUUCAAAAUCAAAACCACUUUCGAACAGCUUUGAGCCCUCGCAGCUACGCCCCGCACUCCACCAUCCCAUAUUCCGUAGAUCACACCCCUUGAAUCACAAACGUCAUUGUGUAUUUUCGAUGUGUCCCAUAGGCCCCAAAGUUCCUUCGCAUAUAGAAACCCCGACCAAACCCUUCACCAGAAACACCCGCAUUGUAUGUAACCCAAAACUGAAACACUGAAGCUAACUAAUCUCCCCUACCCUCCACUCCACUCCACUCCGCCCAAAACCACCUCCCCAAAACGAAAUGCACCUGCACCACCGAAUCUAAACUCGUGUACGCACCACUUCGAUUCGUGGUUG